CCGUUAUACCCCGUCCCUAGUUUCUUACCCCCUGCGCUGCAGGCCACUGUGCCAUGAUGGCUGGGCAGCACCGACAUCAGCUGUCCCGACUGAACAUCCCAGGGCCCUCGUUCCACCAGCAGCAGCCCGUGCAGCCUAUGUAUUCGCCUUCACUUCCAACCGCGAUCCAGCAGAGCUUUCAUCCAGCCCCUCCUUUCAACCCGCAGUCCGCACUGCAGACCCCGAUGCAGGCCUCUUUUUUCCAGCCACCAGGUCCCCCCGGGAGACCUAUGCACAGAGCUCACCCGUCGCUCGCACUCGCCGCCAUGGGUGGACGACUUCCACCAGGAAUGCCAAUGACGCCUCUUGGCCAGGGCCAGUUCCCGCCAAAUAUCAUGCUCGGACAGGGCGGCCAGCCGUACCCUCAACGCCGUGGCAGACAGCCGAGCGUGAGCAUCGGAGGUCCUCCAAAAGCUCAACUCGGCGGGCCUGGCAAGAAUCACGUCCCGACGCCACUCACUCCUGCCGCGACUGCUGCGACCGCGUCUGCAACGGCCGUGAAGACGAAGAAAGCUAUCGUUUCUUUCCCGAAGGAAACGAUACCCGGGGAAGACGGUCAACCAGCAACGCAUCCCGAGUGGGCUCGCGUACCUAUUCCCAUCGACGAGGUGCCAGAGCAGCUACCGUUGCCGCCCCCAGUUAUUGAUACUCGCGAAAUCUACCCGGAGGAUAUGUGGCGUCAGAAACUGCCUGAUACUAUCGAUGUCUUCCUUCCCGGAAAGCUCGCCUGGGAAGAUGUCAAGAGGCAAGCCAUCGAAGAGAAGCUCGAGAAACUCGGCGUCGAGAAGGGUAUUGGCAGCUACAGCUCGGUCCCCCAGAUUCAUGCUCCCCAUGCCCGUGCCGCCUCGAUUUCUUCACCGGCAGACCCAGCCCUACUCUACUUCAAGCUUAACAAGCUUCAGCAGUCUCAGAAUGCAUCCCAAAAUGCGUCUACCGCUGUCUCUCCUCAGUCACUCUCUGUUUCUCCCAACCUCGGCGCACAACUGCCUCCGCGCCUGCAAAACAGGCAUGGUCACAGUCUCUCGCUGGCUCAGCAACCGUCCUCGACGUACAACCCAUCCGGUUCCUUCAAUCCCUUCGGCCCUAUGGCCACGCUUGGUUCAGACACCAUCACCCCUGGUAGUUUCGCUCGGCAGGAUACGUUGUCGGACCCUGGGGCGCCUACCGAUUCCUCGCUUGCGCCACCUCCACUUCCACAACGUGCAGACAGCCGUCCAGACUUUGUGCGUGGCUUUGGUAUCGAGAUCCCGGAGGAGGAAGAGCCGCCAGAGGAUGUGGUGGAGUCAUCACAUGUCGUACAACUCGCUGAGGACCAAUCGGUGGACAUGGAGCUCGAUGAGGAUGAAACGCAGGAAGGCAGUGUCACGACGGCGGCUCAUAGUAGGCUACACUCGAGGCACGUAUCGCGCCUAUCGGCUGCAUUGUCUUUGUUGUCUGUAGGUGGACAGGUCGAUGUGGAGGAGCCGGAGAGGAGGGAUAUGGAUCAAGUACCGCUACAUCAAGUACCGCUACAUCACGGCGCGAAUGCGCCUGAGGUCGACGACCUUGAUGGCGAUGCGGUUGGAGAGUGGACGGGUUCAGAAGACAUGCGAACUGGCGCUGAGAGCGAGGAGGACGAGGAGAGCAUCGGCGAGUGGUCAAAUCCCUCAGACGAAGAGCGAGCAAGAAACGAUCGACUUCAACGAAGGCUUAUGCGCAAGGGCGGCCAUAGCCAACGACAAAGCCAGAAUCACGCCGACCAUCGCCCGAUCGAAACUCCUCGAAGACUUCCUAGCUUCCCUAUUCCCCCUCUUGCUACACCUUCUUACGCGCUCGCGAACGCCACAACCGACGACGAGAACGACAUGAUUUCGAACCCGAGUGAGGAUGGACGUCGUGGAUAUGAUGAUGGUGGGUAUCAACAUCAUCGACCUUUGUCGGUCUCUAGCGGUAUGACUGUCGGCCGACCUCUUCCCCCUUUACCUUCCUCACGGCCAGACACAGCCCAGUUCUCAGUGCACGAUCCCGCGCUCGCCCAUUCGCGUCGCACUUCGGAACAAAUGUUCAACUUCACGACGAACGCGCCACUCGCCGCGCCACAGCCCACGAUGCCCCCGCCACCGAACUCCGCGCUAGGCCCAACAUUGAAUCCGAAUGCAAAACCGUUCGUAUUCGGGCAAAGAUCUGGUUCGGGAUCGUUUGUGCCAGCGACAUUCGGCCCUUCAACAACUUCAGCAAAUGGAUCGGCUUCGACUACACCAGGCCACACGAGAGUACCUUCGCUGGGCAAGCCACUCAACCCCGUUGCUGCUGAAUUCAAGCCCGGAAACUUCACUUUCCGUCUUCCGACUGGUGCACCCCAGAUGCCGAUACCUGUCUUCGCCGCGCCUCCUCAACAUCAUCACCACGAACCUCCGCCACACAUGCCGCAUCCCCAACACCUCCAAUCAUCCGUGCAACCCCAGGCCCCGCGACCCUUACCUUCGCCGCCAGCCGCAGAAGCAAAUCCCUCACCUGUUCGUGCUUCACAAGGAAGGGAAAAGAGGAUGCGUCGUGGUUCGAGUUCUACUCAUGACGGUGCGAGUGAAGAUGAAGGUGAAAUCCAUGAUCGUGCCGGGAUCGACAAUAUCAAGUCGUUCAAGUUCCCCAAUGCCACCCUCUCUCCGCCAACCACAAAGACCCUGCAACGCUCUGCGCCUUCUUCGCCCUCGAAGCAGGCUACCGCCGUCAGUGCAGAGGCAGCCACUCUCGGCGCGACUACUGAUCUCUCUUCUUCGAGACCCUUGACUCUGCCACAGUAUUUCCCCAUGCCGCCGAAGGAAGUCGUCACGAUUCCCUUCCCUCUGCCUCAUCCUCUCGUUCCUGUCGCCGAGCAACAAGAUCAUCAGCAUCAGCGUGUCGAAAGUCCAGAAGAGUACAACGAGUCGGAGGACGAAGCGCAGGCUAGCAUACUCCCGCUAGAGGAAGUCGGGCGAGAUCUUCCCAUUCCCCCGUCGAUGAAAGCCCGUCGUGCCCCUAUUCCCCUCGACUUCAAACACCCCGUCUCCACGAACACUGUUCCUGCUGGUCUCUUCAAGGCUCUCGGAAACGGAAAUGGUGAGGGUUCAGACGAGAGGACUAGGAAGUCAGUCCGUUCGAGGCUUAGCUCGAGGGAGUUCUUGGGCGGAUUCGACCCGCAUAUGCAUUCGUCGAGGCCUUCGUUGGAUGAUCUUAACGUCCCUGCUAUCUCGAGGAAAGCAUCGAGAGGAAGGCUGGUCACCGAGCCUGUUUCUGGUGCGAGUUCGCCUUGGGAGGAUCUGGGUCAGUCUGCUGUUGAUGGUAGGAGGGAGUCUACGUUCGCGCCUCAGCAUCAGCCACGGAGAAGGUCGUCUUUGCCUGCUCUUCAUUCAAGCUCGUCCAUGUCGGAUUCUUUGCCGCCUGCUCUUCCCCGUUCGUCUUCAUCCGGCAACAAUGUCAAUGCUCGGCUGGAGUUGCAACAGUUCGAAGACCGCCUCGAGUCUCUCUUCGAUGAGAAGAUCGACCAGAUUAGGAUGGAUCUUCAGGACCAUUACCAGGCUAAUGCUUCAACGACAGACGGUGGUGCGCUCAACCCGAAGACGGAGGCCAUGAUCAACGAAGUCGUCUCCCUCUUCCGUAGUCAACUGCAAGAAUCGGCUUCUAGAGGCCUGGACGACAGCACGAUGGACGCUCGGGGUGAAUUGGACUUCCAGCUCGUCAGGGAUAUCGUCGAGAACGGACACGCAGAAACGAGGGCGCUCAUGCAACAGGACCUGGCCGAGGUCUUGAGGAGGGUGCAGUCUCAGCCCCAGUUCGGUGGUCUGAACGUGCCGGGGAUGAUGGAAGAGUUCCACGGCCGAACGAUGAACACCGUGCUCGGCGCCGUCGGGCAGCUGGCGAACCGAAUCGAAGUCAGUCUCGCGACCCACAACCGUCCUUCGUCCUCGUCGUCGCAUUCGCACGGUGUCGCCUCCACUGCGUUCGACCGUGAAGCCCUCGUUCGCGAACUCAUGGCCGCGCUCGUUCCUCAUAUGGCGAUGAUGCGCUCCGAACCCAUCGACUACGAAGGUCUCACGAAUCAACUCUCGCAGGCCGUCAAGCCGCAUAUCGCUCAGCUCAUCGACCUCGCGUCGGAUAAACGCGAGACGGCGGACCUCAUCGUCGAUAAGCUCCUGCCUGUUCUCCCGAAUAUCUAUCCUCCUGUUACUAUGCCUGAUGCGGAGACCAUCAUCUCGAGGAUUACGACGGAGGUCAGGAGGAUCGUGGCACCGGCCGAUGCUCAUGAGAUCAAGGAGCAGGUGUCGGAUUUGGUUGUUGAGAGGCUUGACUCGAGGUUGGCAGUUAGAGACCGGGGCUUGGACGCCCUCGCUGGGAAGGUAGAGCACGGUGUUGAGGGCCUGAAGGCGCCGAUGGAGGACGUGGUGAAGAAGAUUAGGGAGAUGACUAUCGGGCAGCAGGAGAUGGCGGGUCAAACGAAGGAGAUGAUCAAGCUUGUCAAUUCCGGCUCGCUGAAGGCACUGGAGGGUCUGCAAGGGAAGCUGGAAGGCCUGGGAGACCUGCAGAAGGCGUUGUUAAUGAAGAUCGACGACGCCGCCAGAGUGGCCAGAGAACGCGAUCUUCAUGCCGCUGCUCAGCCCGUCGCACCCCCGCUGGACUUGUCGGUCGUGGAGUCGGGGGUAGAAGGUCUCGUCAGGGGACAGCAGUCGUUGCAGGCUCAGAACGGCGAGAUUCUGGCGCUUCACCAGGAUACCCUCGCCCGACUCACCACGACUUUGCCCGAAAGUGUGGCCUCGUCGUCUCAAGCCAUCCAAUCGACACUGGCCGACUUCAUUGCGCGCGCCGCAUCCAAGCAAGACCUCGAGGAACUCCGCCGCACGCUCAACUCCAAUGCAGAACUCCAAGUCCAACUCGCUAAGGCCCGUGCAGCCCACGGCUCCGUUCGCGUCGAGAAGGAUGUGCUCGCCGAGCGUGCUACCGCCGCUGAAAACGAGCGGGAUCGAUUAAGGGUUCAAGUGGACGAGCUCCAGGCGAGCAUGGUCGACAGGGCAGCUGCCGCUGCCGCUUCGGAAGCACGGCAUACCGAGCUUGAGGAGGCGUUGGUUCAGGCGUUGGAUAGAUUGAAAGCUGCCGAUGUUGCGUCCGAGACUCAAGCGGCGAGGAUCGCCGAGUUGGAUAGGAUUGGACGAGAGAAUAUGACCGAGGCGCAGAAGCUCAAGCUGCAGGUCCAGGCUCUCGAGAUGCAGGCCAACUUCGCCAAUCAGCAGAAAGCAGCUUCUGACGAGGCCCUCGCUUCGCUCCGAAACGAUCACGACGUCCUCCUCUCACAGCAGUCAAACUGGGACCAACUCAACCAGGCCACUCAGCAGAUCGAGUUGCUCACCUCCCUGAUGCAGCAGCAGAAGAGCAAUGAGCCCGAGCUUAUGGAACUUCGCCGCGUUCGCGACAAGACCAAAGCCCUCGAGAGCGACUACGCGGCCCUCCAACGUCGUUUCAAGGACCAAGAGAGUAAGGCCGCCAGUAGCGACCGUGCGGCCACUGCUGCGAAGCAGAGCCUCACUCAGGCCCAACAGCGGGCGAUUGAGUGGGAGCAACGCGCGAAGGAAUAUGAGGCGGAAGUGGAGGAGAUGAGGUCGAGGUGCGAUGAGGCCGAGCGCAGGGCAAGCGACCUUGAGACGGACCAUUCUCUCGCCAAGUUGCAACUCGACGAGAAGGAUGCGGAUGAGCGUUUGGCUCAGAAACGUGAGAGCAAGUUGCGCGAUCAGGUCGCCUCCCUCGAGGAGAAAGUUGCCCGUCUUCAGGCCGAAGCUGACAAGGCGAAAGAGGAUGCAAAGACCGCGAAGAUGUCCGUUAACUCUCCUCCUCGACCGGAUUCUCGUGCAAGUACAGUAUACCCCAGCCGUGCUGCAACACCGACUGCACCUGCCAAUGGCCGUCCUGUCUCGCGUGCGCCCACAAACCGCACGAACACUCCUCCAACCACCUCGGUCUGGGACUCAAUGCACGCUCCCAAAGCACCACAAGCUUCUCGUUACCCCCAUCUCAGUUACAACGCCAAGCAGCGAUCAGCUCACUCGUAUUAUCGCCAAGCUGCGGCAUCACCGACGCCGAGCGUCGUUUCUGUGACGCCUACCCAAGGAGAGGACGGUUGGUGGUCAUAAAAUAUCCAGGAAUAUGUCAAUGUAUAAUUUCGUUCGGCUCCUUCAUUAUCUGCUCGUCGCUUUCCUUCCCUUAUUUCUCACCAGCUUUGGUCACUAUGCGUUUCUUUCGGAGGAUUUUAUUCGGCUACGUUACAUUACUCAUAAGCUUCGCUCCAUCUUCAUAUAUCCCCACAAUUUCUGCUGAACCUUUUUUCGCUCCCCUUGAUCUCAUCUUUACCUCUCGGUCUCCUUGCAAUUGCUCGUGCUGAC